CGCCACUCAGGCUCCCCCAGGCCUCCCGCCCCCACGUCCGGCUGCCUCUACCGCAAGCGGGCGGGGUUGCAGGAAGAGGUGCUCUGCGGGAACCGAGCCGCCUCUCCACCCGGCUGUGCAAGGGGUGAGCCCUGGGGUGCAGGGGGGCCUGACCCCCCACUUCUUGCUAGCCGCCCGCCCGCUGUGGGCGCCGUGGGCGCCGUCGCAGAACCGCCCCACUUUGGGCCGCCUGGCCCCCUUCCUGCCUGUGAUGGGCCCUGGGAUGGUUGCACUCUGGGCUGGGGAAUCCCUGGCGACUGGAGUUGGAAGCUCCUGUGGAAAGCCCAGGAAGUGAGAGUGGAGUGUCUCCACACCCUUCUCCCUCUUUGCCCCAAUGCACCCCAGGCAACUAACUGCCGGACUCAUGUCCUGGUACAAAGGCAAGACCACUCCCCUGCUGGGUCAAAGGCAAAGUCAAAAACCCAUCUCUUCACUGCCUGGCUUGAGUUUUCUCAAAUGAACCUGCCUGCCUGCCAAGGAGCAGUGUCUUUCAGGGCCUGGAUUUGCCUGCCUCUCUGGGGAACACAGCUAGGUGAGGCUGCAGGGGCAGCACUGAUAACACCAUGCCCCAGGCUCUGGAGCGUGUGGAGGGCACCUGGGCCUGGGUGGUGCUCCUAGCCACUGUGGUGAGCCAGGGCCUCAGCCUGGGUUUCCCUGCCUGCACUGGCAUCUUCUUCAUCGAACUGCAACAUGAGUUCCAGGCCAGCAACAGUGAGACCUCCUGGUACCCCUCCAUCCUGACAGCCAUGAUCCACGCAGGGGGCCCCCUCUGCAGUAUCCUGGUGGGCCGCUUCGGCUGUCGAGUGACCGUGAUGCUGGGGGGCCUGCUGGCCAGCCUGGGCAUGGUGACCAGCUCCUUCUGCCGGACCCUCAGCGAGCUCUACCUCACAGCAGGAUUCCUCACAGGCCUGGGCAUGUGUUUCAGCUUCCAGGGGACGAUCACUGUGCUGGGCUUCUACUUUUCCCGUCGUCGGGCAAUAGCCAACUCGUUGGCUUCAAUGGGUGUCUCCCUGGGCAUCACACUUUGGCCACUUCUCUCCCGCUACCUCCUGGAGGACUUAGGCUGGAGGGGCACCUUCCUCAUCUUUGGAGGGGUCUUGCUCCACUGCUGUGUCUGUGGAGCUGUUCUGAGGCCUGUGGCUAGCAGUGUGACUCCCAAGACCAGAGAAUGCCCCCCUCUGCCCUCCAAGACACCUGCAGUUGGCUGCCUGGCAGCGUGUGGCCAUGCCAUCAGGCGUCACCUGGCCUUCGACAUCCUGCGACACAACACAGGCUACCGCGUGUUCACCCUGGGAACCGUGUGGAUGAUCCUGGGCUUCACGAUUCCACAUAUCUUCCUGGUGCCGUAUGCUAGGCAUCACGGGGUGGGUGAGAACAAGGCAGCCCUGCUCAUCACCAUCAUUGGCAUCAGCAACAUCUUCCUGAGGCCUGCAGCCGGGCUGGUGGCAGGCUGCCAGAGGUUUGCCAAGCACCGCAGGUACCUGUUCACCUUGGCAGUCUUGCUCAACGGACUCACCAACCUGGUGUGCGCAAUGUCAGCCGACUUCAAGGUUCUGGUAGGCUACUGCCUGGUGCUCAGCGUGUCCAUGAGUGGCAUUGGCGCCCUCCUCUUCCAGGUCCUCAUGGAUAUUGUCCCCAUGGAUCGUUUUUCCAGUGCCCUGGGCCUCUUGACCAUCUUGGAGAGCAUCUCUAUCCUCAUCGCCCCGCCACUGGCUGGGCUUCUCCUGGACACCACUGAAAACAACUUCAGUUACAUUUUCUACAUGUCAAGUUUCUUCCUCAUCUCAGCAGCCAUCUUCAUGGGUGGCAGCUUCUGGGCCCAGCAGAAGAAGGAUGAGAAUGACAGGCAGGCCGCAGUGGGAGGAGCCAUCACAGAGGCUACCCCGGAGCAGAACUUCACCCUGGUGAACCCAGAGGAUUCUAAAAAACAGCCAUGCGCUGAGAUCCUGUAUGUGACCAGCAUCUGUGAGUCCCAGGACGAAGUCUGACCAGCAGGCAAAGAGUUGCCACUGCCUUAGUCCAGAAUGGGAUGUUCAGCUGCUUCUCUAGGGGCUGGGGGUGAAGGGGUGCCCAGGAAACCUGACCAAAAGCUGCCCAGGAGCUGAGAACCUGGAGGCCAGUCUCAGGAGACUCAGGGUACUUUCCAACAGACGUGAUCCACCUGACGUUUUUCCUUAGGCCCCAGGUACCUAAGGCUGGGAAGGUGGAUGGAUCUGAGCUCUACUUGGAUCUGUCACAACUAACUCAGUUGACUGCCCACUGCUGCUGCUACAACUCAAUGCGUUGGACCUUCCAAUCCAGCCUGGAGGCUUCCCAUGUGAUCUCCUUGUCCUUCUCUGGCCUCCAGACAGCUCCCAAAGUUUCUACCUAGUGGCCUAAUUCUUGCCUGUUGGGCAGCUGAGGCUGGUCGUGUGGUUGCCUCCAACAGAAGCUGCAGAACAUCAUGCUAAUUGGAACCUUGAGAGGUCGUGCCUUGGGAGGGAAUGAGUUGUGACCCACACAGCAGUAGGAGGUCAGGCUGAGUCGACCUCCAAGUAGGAUCUGGACACAUGGAAUAGUAAGUGGAAUAUCUGUACUCAUGCCUAUAUGGAGCACUGAAGGGUAGCACUUGGCCUGGGGCCUGGAGUCAGGGAGGUGAGUCCCAUGCAUACUCAGCAGAUCCUAUUCCAUCAUCCCCUUCCCAGUCAGAUGAGUGGUGGAAGCCAAGCAUCUGAAUGACCAGAGGAGGGGAAGGGCCGCCAGGCUGGAGCUGAGGACCUCUGUGAAAAUGGAGUUGCUUUUGUAAUAGACAGAUGCCCUUCCACUCCCCUCUCCAUCUUCUGCUGUGUCAGAGGUGUCAGCCAUGGCAGAAGUAGCUGGCUGGACCACCCCUCCUCCCUAUUGACCUGUGUCUGUGACCUGAAGGUCAGAGCUCACACACUGUGUCCUUCUCUGAGGUCAUCAGCCCUGGCUUAUCACCAGCAAGGCACCAAACAAGGAAAUGAAAAAAACAGAGUUUGGUGGUCCAGGAGAUGGUGCAGUGGUUAAAGCAUUGGACUUAUAAACAUGAGGUCCUCAGUUCAUUCCCUGGUAGUACAGGUACCAGAGUGACACUCUGGUUUCCUUUGUGUCUCUUCCUAUCUCUCUUGUAAAUGAAUAAAUAAAUAAAUAUAGUUUGUUUGAAUUACACACACACACACACACACACACACACACACACACACGUGCACGUUUCCUGCAGCAGCUAAUAACUCUAUGAACUAAAGAAGCUGGAAGAUAGGCCCGGAGUCCGUUUCUCCUCCCCCAUCAGUUCUCACAGCUCAGCAGGUACUGCUUCUGCCUUAAACUUUGUUGACUCAGACUCAACCAGACUCCAAGAGGAAAACAACCCUUAUCAGGAGAACUCAUUUUAUUUUUAUGAGCUGACUGCAGGCUUUCUCCUCCAUAUGUCCAGCUGGGAAGAAUACAUUUUGGGGGAUAUCAUGUUUCUCCAAGAUUGUGGGGAAUGUCCCUUAUGGGCAAAGGCAUAGCACAGAGGCAAAGUUUGUGUUGGGCUCUGCUCAAAAUUUUGAUUCCCAAAUUGCUUUAUUAGAUGAUAAAUAGCUUGCAGUACCAUUAACCAGAUGUUGACAGAUGAGUACAAUGUCUCAUCUCCCUGUGAUAUGUGUCUGGAAAACUCUCACCCCCAGUUUAGGGCCCUUCCCCCCAUCACGCCACCAGGGUCCCAAGGUCCCUCCACCUCUUUCCAGUCCCCCGCCGGGUCCUUUCCUCUGGUGCAAUACAUGACACCCAGUCCGACUUUUAUUCUUUGCUUUCCCUUUCUGUCCUUGGUUUGUUUGUUUUUUAUUUUUAUUUACUUAUUUAUUCUUCUUCUUCUAGCGUUUGCCCUUCUUCCGUAGCCAGUCAACAGCGUCAGGUGGAGCCUGAUGUCAAGUUUCGAGACCUGCUUUGAAUCUGGAGAGGUGGCAGUCGUUGACUAUGUGGGUCAUAGUCUGUCUGGAGCCGCAGGGGCAGUUCGGGUCGUCUCUGGCUCCCCAGCGAUGGAACAGAGCGGCGCACAGGCCAUUUAUUCCCUUUUAUUGCCCUUGUUGUUUUAUUAUUAUUGGAGUUAUUGUUGUUGUUAUUGAUGUCAUUGUUGUUGGAUAGGACAGAGAGAAAUCAAGAGAGGAGGGGAGGGGAGUCGGGCGGUAGCGCAGCGGGUUAAGUGCAGGUGGCGCAAGCACAAGGACCAGCUUAAGGAUCCCAGUUCAAGCCCCCAGCUCCCCACGUGCAGGGGGAUCGCUUCAUAGGCGGUGAAGCAGGUCUGCAGGUGUCUAUCUUUCUCUCCCCCUCUCUGACUUCCCCUCCUCUCUCCAUUUCUCUCUGUCCUAUCCAACAACGAUGACAUCAAUAACAACAACAAUGAUGACUAUAGCAAUAAAACAACAAGGGCAACAAAAAGGAAUAAGUAAAUAAAUAUUUUUUAAAAAAGAGAGAGGAGGGGAAGACAGAGAGGGAGAGAGAAAGAUAGACACAUGUGUGGUCCGGGAGGUGGCGCAGUGGCUAAAGCAGUAGACUCUCAAGCAUGAGGUCCUGAGUUCAAUCCCUGGCAGCACAUGUAACAGAGUGAUGGCUGGUUCUUUCUCUCUUCCUAUCAUUCCUCAUGAGUAAAUUAAUUCUUUUAAAAAAAGAAAGAAAGAUAGACACCUGCAGACCUGAUUCACCUCUUGUGAAGCAACUCCCCUGCAGGUAGGGAGCUGGGGGCUCAAACCGGGAUCCUUACUCCAGUCCUUGUGCUUUGCGCCACCUGCGCUUAACUCGCUGUGCUACCACCCGACUCCCCUGUCCUUGUUUUUUAAAUUCCACCAAUGAAUCAGAUCACCUAGUAUUGCCCUUUUUUUUUUUUUUUUUGCCUUCAAGGUUAUCACUGGGGCUCUGUGCCUGCAUCAGGAAUCCACUGCUCUUUUUUUUUCCUCUUGUUGUUCUUGUUGGAUAGGACAGAGAAAUUGAGAGAGGAGGGGAAGACAGAGUGGGGGGAAAAAAGAUAUACCCCUGCAGACCUGCUUCACCCCCACCCGCAGAGGGAAAGUUUCACAAGUGGCAAGGCAGUGCUACAGAUGCCUCUUUCUCUCUCCCUCCCUCUCUCUCUCUCUCUCUCUCUCUCUCUGGUGGAGAUAGAUAGCAUAAUGGUUAUGAACACUUUUUUUUUUAAGAUUUUAUUUACUUGUGAGGAAGAUAGGAGGAGAGAGAAAGAAUCAGACAUCACUCUGCCACAUGUGUUGCUGGGGAUCAAACUUGGGACCUCAUGCUAGAGAGUCCAAAGCCUUAUCACUGCACCACCUCCUGGACCACUGAAAACAGAUUCUCAUGUCUGAGGCUCCAAUUCCUGCACCACCAUAAACAAGAACUGAUCAGUGCUCUGGUAAAAAUAAAUAAAUAAAUAACUGAUUUAUCUGUCUCAUCUCCCCA